CGUCGCAGAUAAAUGCGCAGCUGGAAAAGCAGGAUACCCGUAUAUCACAGGUCUUAUCCCAAUUAGAAGCACAGAAGACACAUGUAACGUCGCAACUGGAAACGCAGGAUCUUAAAAUUACGCAGCUACAGGAGAAGACGGGAGGCAUUGAGACUGAAGUAGAUGCAAUGAAAGCUCGCCUCUGUGAACUACAACUGAAUCGCCCGAAUGAUUUAACUGGCGGUUCCAAAGUAAACGCUCCAUCCUUCGAUGGCACUGUAUCCUUCUCAAUAUUUAAGCUCCAGUUCGAAACAACAGCAACAACAAACAACUGGGGUACUGCAGACAAAGUAGCUGCAUUGGUUGUCUCGCUUAAGGGUUCUGCAGCCGAAGUACUGCAGACAGUUCCAGAAAUCGACCGGGGUAACUAUGACGCUAUAAUGGCCGCAAUAGAGAGACGUUACGGCAGUGACCACAGGCAACAAAUGUUCCAGAUGGAAUUGAUGAAUCGCUUUCAGAAGAUAAAUGAGACACUGCAAGAGUACGCAACAGAGAUCGAGCGAUUGGCGCAUUUGGCAUAUGCGAAAGAAACGGCAGAUUUCAUAGAAAAGAUGAAGUGCCAGGCAUUCGUGAGAGGUUUACGAGAUCCGGAGACGAAACGGGCAGCAUACUCAACACCAAAGGGGACGUUUGCUGAAACAAUGUCUUUUGCGCUGGCACAGGAGACAGCAGCUCUUCUGAGCAAACCAGUACACAGAGUUCAUCGGGUUCAUGUUGAAGAGCCCAACUCGCUGGAAGAAACCAUAAGGGACGUAAUACGAGAGUCCUUAUCCCAGAUGACACGUCGCAGCAGUUCGGAUAUUAAGUGCUACAACUGUGGUAAGAUUGGGCAUAUUUCGCGCAAUUGUAGUACACCACAUAGUCAAUCGAAGGCAAACUCGGGUGGAAGGAAGCGAAUCAGUGAGACCGACAAUACCGCUCCUGAAACUCAACAGCCGUUAAACUAA